AGGCCUACAACAGGGGGGGGGGAGUGAAAGGGUCGGCCAGGUUGCAUCAGACGUCGCCCCAUAUAAAUAGACGCCUCCCCAACCAACUUCACACACACCUUCAUCACUUCCAUUACAACACAUCUACUGAGAUGGCAUACAAGCUGAUCCUUUUGGCUGCAGUCGUGGCUGUGGCCCGCGCUGGAGUUGUCCCAGUUGCCCCCGCCUAUGCCGCCCCCGCAUACGCACAUGCCGCAUAUGCUGCCCCAGCAUACGCCGCCCCCGCCUACAAGGUAGCCGCCCCCGCCUACGCUGCACCCGCAUACGCCGCCCCCGCCUACGCCAAGGUUGCCGCCCCCGUCGCCUACGCACCCAAGGCCGUCGUCGCUGACGAGUACGACCCCAACCCACAGUACAGCUACGCCUACGACAUCCAGGAUGCUCUGACCGGAGACUCCAAGAGCCAGCACGAGAGCCGUCAAGGUGAUGUUGUCCAGGGCAGCUACUCCCUUGUUGAGCCCGAUGGCACCAAGAGGACCGUCGAGUACACCGCUGACCCACACAACGGAUUCAACGCCGUCGUCCACAAGGAGCCCGCUGGUCACCCAGUCGUCGCCAAGGUUGCCGCCCCCGUCGCAUACGCCGCCCCCGUCGCCAAGGUCGCCGCCCCCGUCGCAUACGCUGCCCCCGCAUACGCCGCUCCCGCAUACAAGGUUGCCGCCCCUGCUUACGCUGCCCCAGCCUACGCUUACCACCACUAAGUCAUCCUUCACUGUAAAUAAACCUUUCAUACUUCCAAAAACUCAUUACGACUUGUACAUGCCAUAUAUUUCUACUAUUAGAAUGUAAGCGUGUUUGUGUUCGUUGUUUUGUACCAAAACAAUAAUACAUAUUUAUGUAAAAAAAUAA